AUGGACUCCAUCCAGCGGCCGACUGAUCCAACCGAGCGUCGACGACUACAGAACCGCAUCGCACAGCGCAGGUUUCGGCAGAAGAAACUGCUAGAACGAAGCGCUGAUCGUGUCCCAAACAGCCAGCCUGAUCGUCUGCACAGUGAUACCAAUAACAAUCAUGACAACGCGACUCCUAUAGACAGACCAUUCGUAGGAGACGAGCCAUUCUUUGCGCUACCAGAUACCGUAGCAGCGGGAUUGACGCCGGCUGGCACCCGUUUCGACAAUGUCGCUUUGGACCUGGGGACUCUCGACAAUCUGCUGGGCAGUUACACCUCGAACCCAUUAGAUGCCCCGCUCCCCUCGUUCCUCCUCGCAUCCCCGGACGCAGCGCAAUUGUCACCGGCACAAAACCGAUAUACUCAAAGCCAGACUGGUUCUCUUCCACUUCAUACGAACCAUCGAGAGGCUACCUCUGGCCUCACUCCCCCGGUUGAACCCGAAACCGUGGACCAUAAGACUCGAGAUGCGAGCAAGGGGUGGAUUAGCACCAUCCACAUCGCGGCGCAAAAAGGCCACGAGCGAAUCGUGCGUGUCCUUCUCGAACGUGGAAACAUAGACCCGAAUAUCACCGACAGCGAUGGGCGGUCCCCCAUUUUCCACGCGGCCGUGGGAGGCCACAAUGGCGUUGUGCGACUACUCCUUAGUAAUGGGGCACGUGUUGGGCAUGUUGACUGUGAUAACCGGUCUGUACUGCAUUGGGCGGCGCAUUAUCAGCGUAUAGAUGUGCUCCAGACAUUAAUCGAACACUGGGCCGAACAUGAGCGAGAGUCGUAUGACAUUGACGCCUAUGAUGACCAUGGUUGGACGCCGCUGCAUUUGGCGGUCGAACGAGGGUUUGAAGAGGGAGUUCUUCUGCUCAUUCAAUCUGGGGCUGAUAUGUGUGCGAAGGCGAGGAAAUGCUGGCUGACGGACAGGGUUAUUCCGUUUGACCUCAACCAGUUGGUUUCAUAA